AUGAUAAUAAACUUCAUUUUAAUAUCUUUAACUUGUCAGACUAUCAUUUAUGAGUUUAUUGCUAAUUCACUUACAACUAGUGGUAAUUUCUUUAUUUUUAUAUUAGAAUGGGAAGGCAAUUCUAAUUUAAAUAAUUGUGGACUGAUUCUAUAUUUGGAGUCUACUAAUCCAAGUGUUCGUGUUAGCAGAAUGUUUUUAGGUCUAGAACCUCAUUCUCAAAUUAUAGUGGAUGCAGAAUUUUUAAGGUAUUUAAUAUUCUUCAUUGCAAUAGUAUUGGUACCAAUAAUCCAAUUUAAUUCUAUGUAGACUCGCAAUUAUAAAAUAGUGUGUAAGUGAUAUCAUCUUAAAGUUUUAUGUGUAGUGGUGCAUAACCUGCACAGUAUCAAACUAUUUCUAUUACUAAUAAACAUAAUAGAAGAAAUCUUUGGUUGAAUUUUUUUUAAUAGUCUGGAGGAUUAGUAUACCUAAAAUUAAGUAUCAUUAAAUGCUAGUAUGAAACUGCUGGAUGCAUAGAGAAUUAUGAUACACUUUGUUUAUAUUGGAAACUGCAUUAAUAAUCAUUUUAUUAGAAAUAUAUCACACAAUCGGAUGGAUGGGUAGCUUAACCAUUUUAGUUAACAAGUUACAUAUAAUGUGGAUAUUGUUUAAUGUUGGUUUUUUAAUAAAUUAAAUAUUAAACCUAUCUACCUCCUCAUUAAGAUAUUUUAAUAAGGUUUUUUAAAUAUAAUACAAAUAUUAUAAUAGUAGACUAUUCAUAUGGUAAAUUAACUAUUGAUAGUCUAUAUUUUAUAGAAAUAUUAAUAAGAAAUCAUCGUGACCAGAUAUUAUAACUCAAUAUACAAGCUCUGCCAUAUAAUUUUAUAAGAGAUUUCGAAAUAUUUUAUACUGAGCCAGAAUUAACAUUUAAGAAUUUCAAUGAAGGUUGUUUAGAAUAAAUAGAUGAUAAAUGUCUGAUUUGUCAGGAAGGUUGGAUUUAAGACGAAUUUCUAGAAAAUUGUCAUCCAAUUUGUGGAGAUGGAAUCAUUUAAGGAUAAGAAGAAUGUGAUUAUUUAAUAUCUAAUCAUUCUUGUAUUAAAUGCAAAUAUUAAUGUAUUGAAAAUUGUUAAAUUUGUUAAUUCGGAAUUUGUUUAUAAUGUGUAGAUGGAUUUGUUAUUAAUUCCAAUUAAAACUGUGAUCCUUUAUGCGGAGAUGGUAAUUUGACACCAUAUUCAGUUGAAUAAUGUGAACUGACUGUGAACGGUGUAUGGGAAGGUUGUUUGGAUUGUAGAUUCAUUUCAAUCACUAAUUGUAAAACUAGCUAUUUUUCAAUUUGCUUAUAGUGCGAAAUAGGAUUUUAAUUGGAAGAAAAUGUGUGUUUUCCUUAUUGUGGAGAUAAAUUCGUUCUCUAAUAAUAUGAAGAUUGUGAUGAUGGAAAUUUUGAACCUUAUGAUGGUUGUUAUUAAUGUAAGUUCCAAUGUAUUGAAGAUUGCAAUAUAUGUGAUCGAGGAUAAUGCAUUUUAAAAUGUGGAGAUGGAUAUGAGUUUGUAAAUAACAAAUGUCUUUCUGUUUGCGGUGAUUAAAUUGUCACAAAAGAAGAAGAUUGUGAUGAUGGUAAUACGAUAAAAUUUGAUGGAUGUUUUCAGUGUAAGUAUUCUUGCCCAGAAAAUUGUUAUGAUUGCUAUUAAGGUACUUGCUUAGAGUGCAUAGAUCAAUACUAAUUGCUACUUUCAAAUUAAUGCAAAUUAUAAUUAAAUUGUGGAGAUGGAUUGGUCUAGGAAGAAGAGGAAUGCGAUGAUGGUAAUUAUUAUGCAGCCGAUGGAUGCAAAGAUUGCUUAAUUGAAUAAAAUUGGAUUUGCAUUACUAUGACAAAAGAUUCUCCUAGCUAAUGCACAUUCGUCAAAGCUCCAAACUUUGUUAUUAAUUAUCUCAAUAUGACUUAGAAUAAAUAAUAUAUAAGUAUCUAAUUUACUUAAUAAGUAAAAAUUUAUACACCUCAACCCUUAUCAGAAACUUUGAAUUUUGAGAUACCAGAUAUAGACAAGAAACACUGGAAUAGCAGCAUACAUAUAAUUUAAGAUGUUGGAUCAUAUUUGAGUUUUGGAGAGUAUAUUGUUCAAAUAGAAGUUUACUAAUUACUAAAAUUUAGACCAAUCUUGAAAAUUUUAGUGAACCAGAAUGUUGCUAAUAUAGAUAAUGCCAUUUUGGUCGAUUUAGAAGAAUAAAUAACACUGCAAUAUCCAAAUUAUCUAGAUUAAACUCAAAAGGAUUAUUCUUAAAGGUUAAAAAGUCUAAACCAAUAUUUAAUCUAUAGCUUAUCAGCGAUUACUGUUGUAAGCCUGCUAUUGGGAAGUGGGGAUUUGUUUUUUGAGAUUUUGGCAAUCCUUUAAUUUUAGCAAUAUUUAAGAUAUAUCAACGUGUAAUUUCCUGAAAAUCUAGUUAUUUAUUUUUCAAUUAAUGAUCUGAUAACUGUUCAGCCUCUCUUAGAUUUUCUGUAAUUCCCUCUAAUUUUACAGUUUAUUGAUAUUAAAUCAAAUUAGGAAUAUUGUGACGGAAAAUUUAAUUUUUACAAAUAAAAUUCAAGCUUGAUCAUUAAUCUUUAGUGUCAAAUAUUUUAAUGCUCUCUAUUUUUAUUCCUUGUUGUGCUGUUUCGAUGGGUUAAAAGAGUGAUGUAUACAUCGAUUUUUCGUUCUAGGUACUUUUACUAUAUGUCAUCGCUAGCAUUAUAUAUCAAUCCAAAAAUUGUUUUGAAAAUUAGUUAAUCCUUUUAUAACAUUUGCCUGGAUUUACUUAAAUUGGAGAAAUUUAUGUCUUUAUAAGGAGUGUAAAAAGCCUUACUCCUCAAUGGUUGGGAUAUGAUAUUUAAAACACUAUUAUAUACACGAAACAUCUAAACCAAAAAUUACUUAGAUAUUGUACAACUUGUAAUCGUAAUUAUUAUCCUACUACUUUAUUUUAACAUAUUAAUAAAUUUUUUCAAUCUGGAUUAACAAUUAUUUAAAGUGAACAAAAAUCUAAGGUUCAAAGUUCUAAGUUUUGGUAGAUAAUUUUUCUUUUUAUUAUUCUUGAUUUAUGUUUAAAAUUCAUAAAUACUCCAAUUAGGAUUGCUCCUCUUAACGAGCUUAAUAUAAACAAUGUUCCUUUAAAAAUAUCAUUUCAUCUUUAGUUAAAAGAACUACAUCGUUUAGAUGGUAGUUGAGAUAUCAGUAAUCGCUUUUAUACUAAGUUCAUUUUUAUACAUAUCGGAGUACAAUGAAUAAUUUAAUCAGGAGAACAAAAUUUUAUUGGGAUGGUUUCAAGCAAUACUACUAUCAACAGGCAUAAUUAUAGAAUUAAUUUUAAUCUGUUAAGAAUUAUUAUUAAAACUUAAUCUGACUUCAAGAAGAAAGUAAUUAGUCGUUAAAAAUCCGUUAUUCAUAUGA